AUGCCUUCGUAUGAUGAUGAUUUACCUACACAAGAAGAAGAAAUUUUAUUAAAAAAACUUGUUGAAAAUGGUGAAGAACAACAACGAAUACGUGCUAUUACUGAGGUUAAAAACUUAGUAAUUGGUUCAAAGCGUUGUAAGACAGCAUUUUUUCGUGUUGGUACAGCUGAAACACUUUUUAAUUUACUUAAAGAAUUUUCAUCAUUAAAUCAUACUGAAUUACUUAUAGAAAUAAUUGAUUGUAUAUCAUCAUUUGUUAAAUCAAAUGAUAAAAAUAUUGUUAAUCGUUUAAUUGAACUUGGUUGUAUACAACAUUUAUUUACAUUAUUAUCAUUAGAAAUUGAUUCAAUUAAUUUAUGUGAAUCAUGUCUUCGAUGUUUACGUUCAUUUUUUCUUCCAAAAUUAUCAUCAUCAUCAUCAUCAUCAACAACAACAUUUUCACAAGUUGAUUAUUCAAAUCCAUUUUUAACACCAAUACCAUUUGUACUUUUAUGUGAUCAAGAUACACAUAAACCUCCAUCAUCUAUAACACAAUCAGAACAAUUUUCUUCAACUACAGAACUUACUUCUAAUGAACAAUAUUCACCUAUUGAUAUUUUAUUUGAAAAUUCUCAAUUAUUUGAUAUACUUAUUCGUUUAUUAUCAGUAUCAAAAUCUUCACAAUUAUCAAUUGUAGAAAUUUUAUGUUGUUUAUGUGUUAAUAAUGAACGACAAAAAGAGUUGGUUGACAAAAAUAUUAUACCAGCUAUAAUGCAUUUACUUGUAGAAAACAUUAAUGAUAAACAACAAACUUAUCAUAAUAAUAACAAAAUUAGUCAAGUCAGUUUGACAAGUGAAUAUAUUGUUGGAGCUUGUUUAAAACUUUUUUGUUCAUUAUGUUAUCAAAAUGCUUUUAUUGCUCAACAAUUACAUGAUACAAUACAUACAGAAACAAAUCAAACAUUAUGUGAAAUAAUAUCAAGUUUAUUAACUAGAAUUCACCGACCUGUUGUUAUAUCAUAUUAUGCAGCAAAAUUUUUUGUUAAUCUUUGCAAAACAAAGGUGCUAUCAGCUGAUCAUCCAUCUGUUUCACUUGAAUCAUUAACAACAUUAAUUCAUUUAUGUACAAAAUCAAUUAUAAAUAAAUGUGUUUAUUUAUAUAUUGAAUGUCUUGAUACACUUAUUUAUCUACUUAAUGGAAAUAGUACAUUACAUCAUAUAGCUAUGUAUACAGAACAAUUAUUAAGUAAAUUAUUUAUUUAUAUAUUUACACCAACAAAAGUUCUUGAUGAACAUGUUGAUGAAUCAGUAAUUGUACAAAUACGUGCAUCAUCAUUAACAUUACUUGCUGUUCUUUCAUCACAUCAUGAAGAUAUUAAAAAACGAAUUGCUGAACAAGAAAAUUUAAUUUCAACGGCAAUUGAUUGCUGUCGUUCACCUCAUUUAUCACUUCAAUUAGCUGCUCUUCGCCUUUUUCAUGGUUUAUCACGAAGUGUUCAUCAACUUCGUACAACAUUUAAUGAUACAAUUUGUGAUAUUUUACUCGAUGCUAUUAAAUCAAGUGAUUUAUCUAUUGUGAAAAUAUCAUCAUGUGUUAUUAGUAAUAUUGUUCUGGAAUUUUCGACUUGUCGAACGAGACUACUCGAUGGUGGUAUACUUGAAAUACUUCUUAAUCUUCUUACACAUACUGAUCAUGAUUUGUGUAUAAAUAGUAUAUGGGCUUUACGAAAUCUUUCGUAUUUAUCAGUACUUAAUACAAAACAAGAUAUAAUCAAUGGUAAAACAAAUUCAAUUAUUUUAAUAUAUGGAUUUUUCUUACUUCAAUUUCAUAUAAAAAUAUUGCUUCAUCAUCUUUUCUAUUUAAACAUUCUUUCAUUAAAUUAA